AUGCCGCUGGUUACAGCGUUACGUGUAACAAUGCCUCACCUCGCCAUGCCGCCCGCUGCACUGCCUCGCCGUUACAGGAUCAGCAGCGGCAGGAACUGCAUGCUCAAGAACGACCGUUACAGGAACGACGGUUACAGGAACGACGGUUACAGGAACGACGACAACAAGAACGAUGGCUCCAGGAACGUCGAUUACAGGAAUACGCACGCGCAGCAGCGAUUCUGGGUGGCGGAAGUGGCGCGCCUGGAGGCGCAAGUGGCGGAGACCAGGCGGCAGAUGGAGGAGAUGCGGACGGAAAGACGGGCAGCGGAGAGGGAAGCGGAGCGGAGGGGGAGGGAGGUGCGGAGGCUUGAAGAGCGGGUGGAGAGUGGGGAGAGGGAGAGGCGGGUUCUCAUGGGGGAGGUGGAAUUGGUGAAGGCACAACUGAGGAAGGUGAGACUGAUGGUGGGGGAAGAGGGAGGUUUGGUGAACCGAGGGCAAGAGAGGAUCGAGGGUGAGGGUGUGGGAAGAGAGAGUGUGGAUGGUUCGGGGGUUGGAGAGGAGUGGGGAAGCGAGUUAGCAGCAAUUAACGGGUUUGGUCAGAGGCCGGGAGUAGUUGGGGAGAAGAAGAGUGCGAAAAACGAGGAGAGGAAGCGUGGAAGGGGGGAGGAUGAGGAGGAUAGGGAUAGAGGGGUGGGGAAUGAGAAGGAGAGACGUGGGAGGGAGGAGGGCGAUGCGGAUAUGAGUAGACGAGAGAAGUCUAGUUUUGAGGCGGAUAUGAGUAGACAAGAGAAGGAUGAGGUGGAUGGGCGUAGGGAGGCGGGGAGUGAGGAGGUCAGGCCGCAGAGUGUUGACAGGUGCACUUCGGUUCUGGGACCACUUGCAGCAGAGAGGGCACAUGCAGUGAGGGAGGGCGGUGCAGCAGAAGCAGCUGUGGCAGGGCUCUCCCGCCAGCUGGCAGUCCAGCUGGCACGCUUGGGUAGGCUGUCAAGACCGUUGGCGAGGGGUGGGGACUUGGGUGGCAAGCAGGUGGUUGCGGUGGGAUUUGAUAUGCGGGCGGCAGACAGGAUGGAGGGUGAUGUGUGGAGAGAGGGUGAGGAGGGUUCGCUUACAGCCUCCCUGUCUCCGCACACCUCCUGCUCUCCUCCUCCUCCCACACCUCUGCUCUCUGCCACCCCUCCUCUCUCUCCCACCUCCACUCCCCCUCUCUCCCCCGCUUCCCUCUCCCCCCACACUCCACCCUCUCAGGACUCCAACGGCUCCCCCCCUCUCUUCCACAGUUCCUCCCACCUCCUCCUCCCACCUGCACCUCCUCCUCUCUUCCCCACCCCCACCACUCCUUCCGCCUUCCUCUCACAGCUCUUCGCAUUUGGUCCCAUCCGUCCCGCUCCCGUCCCUUCUCUUCCACCCCCUCCUGUCCACUCCACCUCCUCUGAUCCCUUACCCGUCUCUGCCUCUGCCUCUAACCCCUCUCUGACCAACCCCUCCUUUCCAGUCUCUGCCUUCAACCCCCCUCUGAUACACCCUCCCCUGGCCCACGCCCACCCUGCUCCCCUCCGCCGCCUCCGGUCGGCUGGGCUUCCAGCCAGAGCCAAAGGGAUGCGCCAGGGAGCACGGGUUGCGGAGGAGACAGGGCAUCGGGGAGGGGGACAUGGGGCAGACGAGACAUCAGCAGCAGGGGGAGCAGUAGUAGGAAGCGGAGCAGGAGUAGGAGCAGGGGGAGCAGGACCACGAGCAGGACCACGAGCCUUGGCACAAGCAUCUGAGCGAUUUGAGCGUCAGAGAUUGCCAGAGAGUUUAGAGCGUCAGAGAGGAACAGCGCCAGUAGCAGAGCAGCCUUUAGUGAAGCAGGCAAGCAUGACACUAGCAGGUGGAGUCAGGAGAGCUGCACAGCUGGAGGUUUUUGAUUGGCUGUCUGAGCUGGCAGAUGAUUCGCUGUCAGAUGAAGAGGAGCAAGUAUUCUAG